AUGCCUAGCUUCAGAGGGUUAGAUGUGUCGGUGGUGCCACGCCCUGAUGCCGGGGAUAUCGUCGAGCUACCUCAUCCAGAGUCUUCAUCCAUGCGUCUCCGUGGUCCUCAUCCGAUCAGUCCGACAUCGUCGUCCACGCCUAGUUUCGCUUCAACACCGAAGAAAUGCCAACCCAUCACUUCAGUUUAUGUUCCAUCGGUUCCAGGAGCUCAGUUCCACCUGCGAUACUCCAUCAACAGGCCCCCUCCCAACGCUAGGUACCUGUUCUUCCGAAUGAACAUGAACGGUCGCCAAAUAGUGUCUUGGGGCAUAAAAUCGCAAGCGAUUCAAAAUCAGAUCGUCAGCCACGCAUUCUACGAACCCGAUAGCAAGUGGCACUUUCGAGACAGUGGAGUCAUCUACAAGCGCGACGGUGUCGAGAAACGGUUUUUUUAUUUUGCACCACACUUCGAGACUUCGGCGGCUAUGGAUGGUGGUCUCAUUGACCUCCAAGUUCUCAGAUCCAAGGGCAGAAUAAGGAGAGCCCCUGAGCUCCAAUACUUUCGCAGUCAGGACAAGUAUGGUAUCACAUCUCCCACGGGUGGUCUUGUCGAGUUGCCUGAGGACCUCACUUUCUACGACUGGGUGCUUAUUGACCCCAUCGACUCGCCGUUUGCCACUUUCCGUUUCUUUUACCGUACUUGGACAAGUCUCAAGACAUUGAACCUUAUUUCGGGGCCUCAUUAUGAGGAACUCAUGGCGACAUCGAACAGGCAGUAUGAACAUCUGCCGGUUCGACCUAAGAUACCGGUCCAUACAUAUUGUGGCGAGGGUGAUCAUGGCAAAAAUAGUCUGUUUGGUUUCAGCUCGCUCGACGGAUCGGUUUUUGAGGACCGCGACAUGACUAACUACAAGUCCAAUGGAAAACAAAAGGCCGAGAGAGCAUUCUACCUCACAACUCCUCCCAAGCUAGCACCGCCUCCUCCCGUCCGGACCAAGAUGCCACAGCCUCGCAAACUUGUGCGCGAUGUUCGACAAGAUCCGAACUCUAUGCGGUCACUACCUCUGUUGCCAGACGUCGAGCACCCGCUACGAAGGGCAUCUCCCGACUCGGCGCGGGCACCCUCUGUUACUCCUUCACUUCUGCCGUACAUGGAGGAGUCGAGUGGUGGGGAUGAAUUCGAGAUCGGAGUCGCUAGGAAAGUUAUGCUGCCAUCACUUUCUCAGGAGUUGGAUGACACCCCUUCGCACCCUUUGCACACACUGCCUCAAGCACAGCUGUCAUCGUCUGACUACGAUGCGACACCUCCUUCCACCAGCGACAUGGAGACAUACAAACGUGUUGGACGACAUGAGUACAUCGCGGCAGUUGUGGCGGCGGAGGCAACCACAGAGAGCUUUGGGAACAUGAACAUAUCAGAAGGGGAGUGGCUCAAGCGAAGCCCGUCACCGCUACGACGGAAACAGGGCAGGUUGGAUCUCAAUGAAAGAGGCGGCCGAAUGAUCGACGAGCAGCCACAACAGUCGCCGCUCAAGCACCAAGUAACGAAUUUUAUAUGA